GAAUUUUCGUUAUUUGUUUAAACUUGGUGUCAAAGUCAAAACUGACAACAAAAUUGAAGGAGAGAGUAUUUUAUUAACUGGCAUAUCUAUACGCAGGACCUUACCGUAUUUUUCCUUGCUACGUGGGUUGCUUUCAAUAGCUACAGCGCUAUUGAACCUUCAAUUUUUAAAGCAUUUAAACUAUAUAUAUAUAUAUAUGUACUCCUAGCAAUUAAUUUCUGGACAAAGUGAGAGUUAAACAAAGAAGUAAUUUGGAGAAAAAUCAAAAUUAUGUCUAUGGAGGAGCCGCUGGUGGAGAAAGAAGAUGUGGCGGUGACAAGGAAAGUGUUUGUUGAUGAGCUGAAAGAGGCGAGUCACAUAGCUAUACCAAUGAUAAUAGUUACAGUAUCACAGUACCUUUUACGUGUUUCGCCAAUGAUAAUGUUGGGUCACUUAGGUGAACUUUCACUUUCUAGUGCUUCUAUUGCUACUUCACUUUCCAAUGUUACUGGUUACAGUCUUCUCUUUGGAAUGUCUAGUGCGCUGGAGACUCUAUGUGGGCAGGCUUAUGGAGCAGGACAAUAUCGAAAACUUGGAACUUAUACUUACAGUGCUAUUAUUUGUCUAUUUCUGGUGUGCAUACCAGUCUCUGUUCUGUGGAUCUUCACAGAUAAACUUCUUAUAUUAAUGGGUCAAGAUCCUUCAAUAGCAGCUGAAGCUGGAAAAUAUGCAAUUUGGCUCAUUCCUACACUAUUUCCAUAUGCUAUUCUUCAGUCACUUGUCCGGUAUCUGCAGGCACAAAGUAUAAUCCUACCAAUGCUUAUAAAUGCAGUUGCAUCUUUAUGCUUCCAAGUGACAGUUUGCUGGGCUUUUAUAUUCAAAUUGAAUUUAGGAAGCACCGGAGCAGCGCUGUCAAUUGGUUUAUCCUAUUGGUUGAAUGUGAUCUUGCUUAUGUUUUAUGUGAAGUACUCAUCGGCUUGUGAAAAGACUCGAGCUUCAUUCUCUAGGGAUGUUUUCCUGACUAUAGGGGACUUUUUCCGCUUUGCGAUCCCGUCUGCUGUAAUGGUUUGCUUGGAAUGGUGGUCAUUUGAGAUAAUCAUUCUUCUCUCCGGUCUGUUGCCAAAUCCGAUGUUAGAAACUUCUGUUCUAUCCAUAUGCUUUACAACCACUUCUGUGCACUACCAUGUACCUUAUUCUUUUGGUGCUGCAGCAAGUACUCGGGUUUCAAAUGAGCUUGGAGCUGGGAGGCCACAGGCGGCAAAAAUUGCCCUUGCUGCUGUGAUAGUUCUUUCUGCCACAGAGGUUGUUCUUGCAAGUAUAACUCUAUUUGCAGUUCGCCAUGUAUGGGGCUCUGCGUUUACUUAUGAGAAAGAAGUAGUGACUUAUGUUGCAGAAAUUACUCCUAUUCUUUGUAUAUCAAUCAUCAUGGACGGCACCCAAGCAGUACUAUCAGGAGUUGCUAGAGGAAGUGGGUGGCAACAUAUUGGAGCCUAUGUGAACCUUGGAGCAUAUUAUUUGGUCGGAAUUCCUGCAGCUCUAUUACUUGGAUUUGUCUUGCAUCUAAACGGCAAGGGCCUUUGGAGUGGAUUGGUGGCUGGAACAAUUGUGCAAUCUAUUUCACUCUCCCUUGUCACAGGCUUCACUAAUUGGGAAAAACAGGCCAUUGAAGCAAGAGGCAGAAUUUUUAAUGAAAAGCUUGCUGGCGAAAAUCAGUUCAUUGAAUGACAGGACGUGCAGAUGCUAUGGUAAAAUGAAAUAAAGGUAUAAGUAGCUUUGUUUUAGGGAGGAGCACCCUCAUCAUAGUACCAAUUGGACAAUUUAGAACGUGAUCCUUCUCUCAGGUGUUCAUUUAUUGUUUCGUUUCGUGCAUUAGAUAAACAGAUCAAUUAUUCAAGGAGAGAUUUUUCUGAAUUUAUAUAUAUAUUUUUUUUGCUCUCGGCAGAAUGAGGAAAAUUUUUAGUA